ACCUAGUGCCCUCUGACGCUAGAGUGGAAGGUCCCUGUCAGCUCCUUGAAGGCCACGUGCGAGGCUAUUCUUGUGCUUGUGCGGGUGCUGUUGUGGGGCAGAGACGAGAGCAAUGGCAGGGAGCCUCUUUUUGGGGGCAGGAAGGGUCCUAUGGGGCCGGGUGCCCUUGGCCUGCAGAAGCUUCUCUUUGGGUAUUCCUAGAAUGUUCCACGUAAGGCUCACCCUCCCUCCUCCCAAAGUGGUUGAUCGUUGGAACGAGAAGAGGGCCAUGUUCGGGGUGUAUGAUAAUAUCGGGAUCCUGGGAGACUUCAAAAUGCACCCCAAAGAACUGAUCAAGGGCCCCAGAUGGCUUCGAGGCUGGAAGGGGAAUGAGUUACAACGUUGUAUCCGAAAGAAGAAAAUGGUUGGAAAUAGGAUGUUCCUUGAUGACCUGCACAACCUUAAACGCAUCAACUACCUCUGUAAACACUUUAACCGACAUGGGAAGUAUCGGUAG